AUGGACCCCGCAGAGCUCUCCCUGCCAGCGGACGAAAAGGAAGCAUGGCUCAUACGGACGGAAGCCACCAUAUACAAUCCCUUACCGGUCGUGGAGAAAUGGCGUUUCGUGAGAAACCUGGUGGCCCAAUACCUCGACUUAUACAAGGCUGAAAAGGCUCGGGACAAAUGGGAUAAGAAAGUGGUUCCCCUUCUGAUCAAGAUCACGGAUGCCGUGAGUGCUCUGACACCCCUCUUAACGUACGAGCCUGACAAUCCGCGCCGUGACCGCACCACAUCAAUAGAGGAGUGGAUGGGUACCCUCCUUGAAGACGUUGAACGCCGCAUAGCGAACUCCAUUGCAUUGAUAGAUCACAUGAGCAAGCUCUCGUUCAUAGCACGUCGGAUGAGCUCCGCAAAGCAACUCGACCACCUGGUAGCCGAGUAUACCGACAACUUUCGAUACUAUCGCGGGAAGAUCCAGUCAGAUCUCCUUUACUAUUUCGAACCUGAUUUUGCAGACUCGGAACCUCUUCGAUGGAAAAAGACAGGCUGGUUUGACGCGUUUCGAGAGCCCCAGAUCGUCCGGAGGAUGAUGGAAUUCUUGCAGUCGCGGGGUGUGGAUCAGAAUCGGUUGACAGAUGCUCAGAUUGUUUCGGAAGUGGAAGCGUUUUACGACCAUCUGCAGCAAAACGGAGAAUCCGGAUCUCUGGAUUCGCUUCCGAAAACGGCAGCUGAUCGGUCACACUUUGCCCGGGAGGCUUGUGCCCUGCUGCGUACUCACUUCCCGCACCAAACGGAGGCGAUGGCUGCUCGACUGGGGAAACUAGACGAUGCGACUAUCUUUACUGCUUUCCAAGAGGAUCCCCAGUUUGUCACGAGCAUCGUCACCGCCAUUAUCGACUCCGAUGAGGCCAAAAAGACCGCGGCUCAACUCCGAGAUCGCGCAGCGCAGUGCUUCUUGGACAUCUUGCAGAUGAUCUAUCUCGCUACUAUUCUCCAAACACGUACUCUCGGCAUCAAUCGAUAA